UACAUAGCCCUUAGUUAUUGCUGGGGCCAGCGGGAACAGCCCAUGGCGACGACGACUACAAAUCUGCGCGACCGCAUGGAAAGGGGCUUUUCUCUGUCGGAUAUGCCGGAGACGAUCCGCGACGCAAUACUAGUCACUCGCAGACUUGGCUUUCGAUGCCUUUGGGUGGACUCGUUGUGCAUUCUGCAAGACUUCCGCGCAGACAAAAAGGCGGAAAUCAAGAAGAUGGCGGGCAUUUUCGAAGGGGCCUUCCUGACAAUCGUUGCCGCGAGCGCCUCCGUCGUGACACAAGGCUUUCUAUCCCCUCAACAUGUGGAACUCCCGCGGGAAAUAAAUAGCAUUCCGGUCUGGAACCACGAUGGCCGUGUCGGGCGCGCACUGCUUCAAGAGCCGGGUCUAGUACGCUCGGAGCCAGACCCGAUUCACUAUCGUGCCUGGACUUUUGAGGAGUUGCUGCUUUCUCCUCGAAGACUUGUAUACUCGGGCCGACAACUGAUUUGGACGUGCCGACUUCCACAAGAACCCUUUGAAAUGGAACAAGAUGAUGACUCCGACCAUGCGCCACCUUUCCCAAUGGCAUUCAAGGACUAUUGGGCUGCUGUGCUGCGACAAUACACAGCACGAACACUCACCCACCCCCAAGAUCGGCUAGUUGCUGUGCAAGGCAUCGUCUCUAGACUCAGCGACAUCACAGGUCAUCAGUACGAAGCUGGCAUAUGGAAAGACUACCCCAUCUCCAGUUUCUGUUGGCACUAUGAUUCCCAGGGUGGCAAUGAGGAUGACCUGGCCCCAGCCAAUAACAAGGUGACCAUUCCAGAGACAAGAGAUCAAGCAAUCGAAUGUCCAACUUGGUCAUGGGGAUCAGUAACGGAUCCAGUCUGUCUCCCUGAU